AUGGAAAUCCGAGCCAUUAGCUAUGGAUCUGGAACCCACAUGAACCAAGUCCCUCCGGAGAGGAUCCCAUUAUUCUUCGCAACUCUGACAACCUUACAACUUAUCUUCUUUUUGGCGAUUGGGACAGUGAGACUAUCAAUCUUGUCCUUCUAUCCACGUUUGAAUAGCGACAAGCUCUUUAUCCGCUGUAUCUGGGGAGUGGCGUUCGUGAAUGUUGCGAUUACUCUCAUCGCCUUCUUUUUCAUCCUCACCGAAUGCAAGCAUAUUCCAGAUCUAUGGGACAUCACCGCGCCGAACCGACAAUGUCUCGAUAAGUCGAAAGAAGCACCGAUGAUGUGGACACAUAGUGCAGUUGGUAUUGUCAUUGACCUAUUUCUUGUCGGCCUCCCAAUUUCAGUCAUUUACGCGAAGAUGAAAUUCUCUAUGAAAAUGGUUCAGGUCAUAUUAAUCUUCUGCAUCGGAAUCUUUGCUAUCAUCACCGGAAUUGUACGACUGAGCAUAAUUGUCAGCACUGAUUUUACAACCGAUACAACAUUCAAAAUGGCCACCGUUUCACCUUGGACCAAUUUCGAAGGCCACGUUGGUCUUUGGACAGCUUGUUUCCCGGCUCUGCAACCCUUUAUUCGCCUUGUUAGCCACAAGCUCGGACUGCGCAGCACAAUUAGUAGCACGAAUAGGAAAAUAACGGACCCUACUCACCAAAUGAACGGAGCACUGAGCGGUACUCGAACGGUCAACCAGUGGACGACGAGUCGCACAAGUCGAGCUCAAGGUCAUCUUCCCUUCAAUCACGACCACGAUGACAUCAAGAGCACCCACAAAAUUACUCAAAUAGCCUCUAAAACAGGUUCUUAUGACGAUGGAAUUGAACUUAGCACAAUUGCACAGACUGAAGCUAUCAAGAAGGAGAAGAAAGUAUCCAUAUUAGUGGCGGAAGUACCAAAAACUCAGAAAAGUCAACGGGGUCACAGCCCCCCCAACAACUGGGAUGCUGUAUAG